CGUUGGUUGCCUUGGAAUCUGAUUGUUGUGUGUAUAGACUGCUGCUGCAAAGAAGAGCUCCACCGAAACGUCAAUUUGAACAUCUGUUAUACGGUUGUUAAAAGUGUUCAUGGAUAAGACUAUGUGUGGAGCUCCGGUGGAUUUAUCUUUCAGAAGUCUCAGCAGAUUGACAGGUUUUGAUCUUCAUCAUAGUUUCUCUAAAUACGCUUGGACAGAGACUCCUCGCAGCAGUCUCCGACCUUUAAAAAAAAAUUCAGAAAGCAAAUAUCUUAGCCGCGCCCUCCGUCUCAGUAACAACAGCAUCAUUGACCUGUGUGACCUCCAUCAGACAGUGAGCUAUUUUCUGGCUGAACCCUCAAGUCUCGCCUGGCUGGACCUCUCCUUCAACAAACUCUCACAUAUAGACAAGGUUUUGUGCGAGUUGCAUGGACUCCGUGUGUUAUAUCUUCAUGGGAACAACAUUUCUGCUCUGUCAGAGGUGGACAGGUUGGGUGUGCUCCCCCAUCUUCACUCCGUCACUCUACAUGGAAACCCGAUAGAGACAAACAAGACUUACAGGAAUCGUGUGAUUUCCGCAUUGCCACAGUUAAAGACGAUGGACUUCAGUGCCGUGACCCAGCAGGAGCGAGUCCUGGCAAAGCUGUGGCAUCAAAGCAACUCCCGCUGCAGAAGCAGCAGGAAGAGCCUUCACUGAAUGCUAGUGUGUGGAAAUCAUAACUCAAUUCAAAAGCUUCACUGCUAGAAAACAGAUUCUUAAAUAUGCAUAUUUGCCACCAGUAUUUGAACUGAAAUUAGUGCUGUUGUAAAUAUUUUUUGCAAUUUAAUGUAACAAUUUGAGGCUUCUGUGCUGGAAAUAGAAAAAUAAAUAAUUGAAAUGUAGUUUUUUUGUUUGUUUGAGAACAUCAGUGAAACCUACUCGUUUCACAUUUUAGCCAGUAUUAGCUAGCAAUUUUUCAAAUCUAAUCAUGGCAUGGAAUAUAAGUUUAGAAAAUUAUGAAGUAAGUUGAAUAAUAUUGAACAGUUAUGCUAUGACAACAAUCCAAAUGUAAACCUGAAAUAUUUAAUGGAUUUAUUACAUACAGUGUUAUAUUUUUAAGUAUUUAUUUCUAAAAAAAAAACAAAAAAAGAUUAUGGAUUACAAGUAAGGAGACCCCAACAUCAGCUCCUCACAUAAUUAAGAGAUCAUGCAAGACCAAUAAAGAUGUUACAUAAAAAUAUGUCUGACAAAAUCAUUCUAAAGGCUCCCUACUUGACACCAGAGAGUUAUUGAGCCUCUCCACAGUGAGGUUGAAACAUAAAGAGCCAAGAGUCACCGCAAGUCAUUUACAGUCCAUGUUCUGGUACAGAACAAUCCGGAACGUGGACUAUAACUUUUGCAUUCCUGGUUUUAAACCCCUGCUACACCAGAGACAUCAGAAAUAUCUUGCAUGGACUAAGAAGGAAAAGAAGGAAAUUUUUGAUUAGUGAACCAAUUUGCUUGACUGACGACCAAAUUCUCCUGAUAUAAACUCACAAUCCACGAGGAAUUAUCUAAGAAACUGAACUUGGGGUUUUUAUUAGUCUUAGGCCAUAAUCAUCAAAUUCAAAAUCCUAGAAAUAUAUCAAUAUAUGUAUGCAAUGUCAUAAUUACUUUUUGAAUGACUGAAAUAAAGUACCAUUUCAAUGUUAUGCUAAUAUAUGAACCUGUAGAAAUGUUUGAUUCUUGCUGUAAAUUAUCUGUUGAAACUCUGUAACAUCACUAAAUAAACUACUUCUCAGAACACGUUGUCCCUACAAUAAGACACAAUUGUUUUAUUGAAACUUUUUAAUGAAUUGAUUAAACCAAAAACAAAAAAAAUAUUUUUAACUUUUUGGUACUAGCCUAGGAUAGUACAAACAUACAGUCUUCCAUGUAUUAUACAUUUAAGUAACAGAAAAAAAAAAUGCCAAGAAUCCAUUGCAUAACAAAAGCUCUAAUCAGUUGUGUGGUAUAAAUAGUCUUGCAGGCUCCCUUUAGCGACUUGAGAUCAUCUCAUGUUGCACCCUCCCUUAAAGAGCACAUGUACAGUUAGAAACAAAAACACAUAAAUAAUUGGCAAAAAGUCUGAGGUUAUUUAAUCUGCUCGGGUAUAUAGAUCAACACUCUUCCAUGCUGCAACAAGUUAGAUUCUGAUUAAUAUGAAAACCUCAAUCCAGGGGGAAAAAAAAAAAAAAAAAAAAAGGCUUUAAG